UAGGAAGAGGCUGCCCGGGAGAAGGGGCGGCCCACCGGGAACUGGGCCUCGGACUUCGCACCCGCCCCCCCAGGCCCCGGCCGCGGCCAGAGAGCGGGUCGGAGGCGGGCGCCGCGGCGACGGGAGAGUUCCCCAGGCCGGACGCGGCCUCACCCGCCGGGUUGCUCGCGGCGGGGCAGGGGCGCAGCGCCGCCCCCGCGCGUCCCCGGGCCUCUACGAGUCUGAGGCCGGGAGGAAGCGCCGAGGAGCCCGGGCGGCGGCACCAGCCUCGGGCGCAGAGGGGAUUCUUGCGGUGAACAUUUUGCAGGAAUGUAAAUGAAAGCUUAAGACAAAACCAGGAAGCAGACGACCCCUACCUACUGGUGGCUUGGAAGAAAGAGGGGAAAACCGAAAGUUGCUGCUCCAGGAGCAGUCUCUUCCAGGAGCCUUUUUCUCUCGUGCAUCCCCGGAGCUGCCAUCGUCUCCGCUGGGCGGAUCUAAGGGACCUCGGCUUCCAAAGGAGCCGGAGACGGACCCUCGAGGAGAGAAGCCCGGAUUUUACCAGCCGGAGGCAAAGCGGCCGCUCUCUCCCGCCCACGCUCCUGGGGGCACCUUCCUCCCCAAGCAUUCCCUGCUGACUUAAGAAGAAGGGGACGCGAAGAGAGCGAGCGCGUCCAGCGGUGCACCAUGGGCCGGCGGUGCGCCCUGGCCCUCGCCGUGCUUUCGGCCCUGCUGUGCCAGGUCUGGAGCUCCGGGGUGUUCGAGCUGAAGCUGCAGGAGUUCGUCAACAAGAAGGGGCUGCUGGGAAACCGCAACUGCUGCCGCGGAGGCGCGGGGCCGCCGCCGUGCGCCUGCAGGACCUUCUUCCGCGUGUGCCUCAAGCACUACCAGGCCAGCGUGUCUCCCGAGCCGCCCUGCACCUACGGCAGCGCUGUCACGCCGGUGCUGGGCGUCGACUCCUUCAGCCUCCCUGACGGCGCGGGCGCCGACCCCGCCUUCAGCAACCCCAUCCGCUUCCCCUUUGGCUUCACCUGGCCGGGAACUUUCUCUCUGAUCAUUGAAGCUCUGCACACGGAUUCUCCCGAUGACCUCGCAACAGAAAACCCAGAGAGACUCAUCAGCCGCCUGGCCACACAGAGGCACCUCACCGUGGGCGAGGAGUGGUCCCAGGACCUGCACAGCAGUGGCCGCACGGACCUCAAGUAUUCCUACCGCUUCGUGUGUGACGAGCACUACUAUGGGGAGGGCUGCUCUGUCUUCUGCCGCCCCCGAGACGACGCCUUUGGCCACUUCACCUGCGGGGAGAGAGGCGAGAAAGUCUGCAACCCUGGCUGGAAAGGCCAGUACUGCACUGAGCCCAUCUGUUUGCCGGGGUGCGACGAGCAGCAUGGGUUUUGUGACAAGCCAGGGGAAUGCAAGUGCAGAGUGGGCUGGCAGGGCCGGUACUGUGACCAGUGCAUUCGGUACCCAGGCUGUCUCCACGGCACCUGCCAGCAGCCCUGGCAAUGCAACUGCCAGGAAGGCUGGGGGGGCCUUUUCUGCAACCAGGAUCUGAACUACUGCACACACCACAAGCCCUGCAAGAACGGGGCCACCUGCACCAAUACGGGCCAGGGUAGCUACACUUGCUCUUGCCGGCCGGGGUACACGGGGGCCAACUGUGAGACAGAGGUGGACGAGUGCAAGGCCAGCCCCUGCAGGAAUGGAGGGAGCUGCACGGACCUCGAGAACAGCUUCUCCUGCACCUGCCCACCUGGCUUCUAUGGCAGGAUCUGCGAGCUGAGUGCUAUGGCGUGUGCGGACGGCCCUUGCUUCAACGGGGGCCGGUGCUCUGACAACCCCGAGGGAGGGUACACCUGCCGCUGCCCUGGGGGCUUCUCUGGCUUUAACUGUGAGAAGAAGAUGGAUUCCUGCACUUCCUCACCCUGUUCCAAUGGUGCGCAGUGUGUGGACCUCGGCGAUGCCUACCUCUGCCGCUGCCGGGCUGGCUUCUCUGGGAGGCACUGCGAGGACAACGUGGACGACUGUGCCUCCUCCCCGUGUGCCAAUGGAGGCGCCUGCAGGGACGGUGUGAACGAGUACUCCUGCACCUGCCCCCCCGGGUACACGGGCAGGAACUGCAGCGCCCCCGUCAGUAGGUGUGAGCAUUCGCCCUGCCACAACGGGGCCACCUGCCACGAGAGGGCCCUCCGCUACCUGUGUGAGUGUGCCCGGGGCUACGGGGGCCCCAACUGCCAGUUCCUGCUUCCUGCGCCACCCCCGGGCCCCGUGGUGGUGGACCUCACCGAGAAGUACGUGGAGGGCCAGACUGGGCCGUUCCCCUGGGUGGCCGUCUGUGCGGGCGUGGUUCUCGUCCUCAUGCUGCUGCUCGGCUGUGCCGCUGUGGUGGUCUGCACGCGGCUAAGGCUGCAGAAGCGCCGGCCUCCCGCCGACCCCUGCCGGGGGGAGACUGAGACCAUGAACAACCUGGCCAACUGUCAGCGGGAGAAGGACAUCUCUGUCAGCGUCAUUGGGGCCACGCAGAUCAAGAACACCAACAAGAAGGUGGACCUCCAGGCAGAGCCCGGCUCGGAGAAGAAUGGCCUCAAGGCUCGAGAUCCCGCCGUGGGCUAUAACCUGCUGCAGGACCUCAAGGGUGCUGCUGCCACCAGGGACCCACACAGCAAGCCCGAUGCCAAGUGCCAGCCCCACGGCUCUGCGGGGGAGGAGAAGGGCACCCUGACACUCAGGGGUGGAGAAGCACCUGAAAGAAAGAGGCCGGACUCUGUGUACGCCGCUUCAAAGGACACCAAGUACCAGUCGGUGUACGUCAUAUCCGAGGAGAAGGACGAGUGCGUCAUCGCCACCGAGGGGAGACGUUGGCUCUUGUCCCAGUGACUGUGAUGGGUUUAGCCCAUUGGUUGUUCCUAUACAGUCAGAAGUUCUGGAAUCUUCUGUGAAGGACAGCGAGGCACCUGUGUGUUGAGUCCUCACGUCCGUUCAGGUGCGAAUUAAGGAUGGUGAUGCCUGUGCAGCGUCUGGAGAACGAGACCGCACCUGGAAGCCAGCCGGCUGGAGCUUCCAUAUCUGGACACAGCCCGUCUGUCCCCAGCCCCCGGGUAAUGACAGCUAACGCGAAGGAACUCCGGCGCCAAGAUCUCGUCCCUGGAAAGAAGUCAGUGGAAGGGCCAUGUGUGCCUGAGGGAGAUCUAGGCUUCUAACCCUAACCAUCCUGAAACCACGCCCUGCUUACUUUAAGGGGUAGCAACACAUUUUAGAAUAACUGAGGGGUCAUCAAGUUUUUCUCAGGAGUCCACAGGAUCCAGUAAAGGAGUGGCGUGACCCCGUGCCAGCUUAUACGUGCCAGCCUGGAGCAAUUAAUGGCUCUGUCACCCCUUCAGAAGUGACCUGACUUGCGUAAUAAAUUAAAUGGCUUAUCUCUUUUCAAGAAUAUGAAUAUUCUGGGAUUCUUGUGAAGCCUGUUCCAUGAAAGAAUCUGAAAGUGCCUAAAGAUACUCUCACUGUCACCUUCCUCAGCUUUCUUGUAAAACCAGGGAAUAAAGUCAGCUUUCAUUGGACAAGCAGCCUGCUUAUGAGCAAACCGGAGACUUCCAGGGCAGCUUUGCAAUUCCCAGCCCUUGCUGCAAGCGGUUCCCUGAGUCGCUUCUGAGACUCACAUUUUAAUUCGACCUUUAAUCAGAUGGUUCCUCGGCUUUUAGGGUUUACGUCAUUUGCGGCAGGAAAUUCAGGUACAGGAGUCAACAGCAUCCGCAUAAAAACAUGGGUAUCCAGAGCAGCUGUGUUCACUAGGCCCAGUAAUGCUGGGGUCGUGUUCUCCAAGUUGGCCGCUAGGAACCAGGAGGGAAGGCACAAUGGUGCAUUAAAACAUGAGGCAGAGGCGGAGUCUUCAGUGGGGGUGAAGCUGGCGUGGGCCUGAGCUCCUGGGUUCCGAGGAGCACACCGAGUGUGGGUGACGCCAGCCCAGCAGACCUCAGCCCCUUCUCUCCUUCAGACCCUUUCCUGCCGUCCCAGAACAUGGAAGGCGAGUCACACAGACUUCUCCUGAGACGUUUGCCUCUAACUUUUCAUAGGGACAUGACUUUGGACGGGCAGACGUGUUGUAAGAGUCGUGCAGAGAAUGCUCAUCACUACAGUGGGUGUCACUGCCGUCCCCGCGUCUGCACGGACCGUAGGCUGUCUGCAGUCAGGACGAGCGUCCCCUCUCACCCACGUCUGUGGAGACUCAGCAUUAUUCCUAGUCGGCGGCUCGAAACGAGUUGCUUUCCCAGGGUGGAGUGGCUCCCUUCCCUCUGGCUGCCUGCCCUGAUCUGCCCUCCCCAGCCCCUGCUCUGGAAUCGCCUUUUCUCAGUAAGCCCUGACUCCUUCUGGUGGAGGGUUUACUCACCGUCUUUCUCAAUGUGUGUAUUUGGGACCCUUGGAGCAGCCAGCAGUUACAGGGCAUAAGUAGGUGACCUACGUAGGAGCUCCAAGUGGAGCCUUGGCGAGCGGGCGUGACUGACUCUCACGCACACUCUACGUGGCUGAGUAGACACCCAGCCAUGCCCUCAAGGAAUUGUUCUUGCCAAGAAAGUUGGACUUGAACCCGGUCAGAUGUUUUGAUCUAUUACUGGCUUACAGGCGUCCAGGGGCUGGAGGACGCGGUCAGGACACCGCUAGGAUCUACUCUGCUGAAUCCAGGGCGAGGGAGAGGGAGGAGAGCUCCCAAAGAUUGGAAGAGACUUAGCUAAAAACAGUUUGAAAAAUUCCAGAGUCAGCUGGAGAAGUGUACCCACUGAGUGGAUGUUUUAAUGAUAUUAAAAAGUACCUGGACAUUUU